AUGGCUGAGCCAUUUAUGCGCGAGUCGCUUGAUCCUAAAAAAUACUAUGAAGGCAUUCAGGGGAAUCGAGGAUCUCUUCGCGAUAAAUUCAAUGAUAUCGAUGAUCCAACCUAUUUCCAACAGUACAUGCGCCUGCUAAAGGAACCGGACACGCAAAACUUUGUUCUGGACUUUGGAAAUGAAGACGCCUAUUGUGCGACCGAUCUAGUUACCGAUGACUUUAAAGCAUUAUUAAGUCAACCGCGAUCCAGGUGUUUUGGUACCAGAUGGAUCCACCUAUGGGCCCCAGAAGAACAAAUAGAAGCUAUCAAGGGAAUUAUGUCCUUUUAUGGGGUAUCGGAGCGACUACAGGGGAUGAUGUGCACCGCACCUGUCACACGGCCCCCACCAGGCACAGCACCGAAGAAGAGACGAUCACGAACCCGUGAUGUGGACUUGGAUCUCGACCCGGAUGAUAUCGAGAACGCAUUUGCCCUGAAGAAUAUACGCGACCAAGACGAAGGUCAUGAUACCUCCUCAUUCAAACACUUGACCUUUUCACAAGUCACCGAUCAAAUUUGGCAUUUUUCGUCAGUCGACCACGGACCACGAUACACCUGUAUCGGCUAUAAUACUUUAUUUGUGACCCCCAACGUACCAGAGGAAAUCAAUGCAAAUGGGAAAGAUUUGCCCGAGGGCAGACGACUCUGGAAUUGGUUGAUUCUAUGUGACGACGGCACAAUCAUUUCCAUGCAGGAAAACCCCUUUCCCCAGCAGAAGGGAGCGCUGCUGCCGGAUCAGAUCAAAACGAUGGAUGUUGUACGCCGGAAUGUCCGAUUCAUUGUCUCGGGAGUCUCGAAACAGCAUCUGACCAUGUCGGAAAGCGAUUCCCUCGUGACCAUUCGAGUCCGACAUUUCAAUGAUGUCGGGCCUGACCAAGCAAAUAUUAAACAAGAGGACGGCCCAAGCCUGCUCUACUACUAUAUCUUCGAUGACUGGGUCUCCAGCUAUGGUCUAAUUGCAAAGCGAGAGCAUCAAUAUGGCGUGGCGCUGGAACAAUUAAGAGGCCAGAUGCUGGAUCGGCCGAUUGUGGAGCUGGUCAAUGAGCUACACUGGCUAGGUCGACGACUGGCGGUUUUGAAGAGACUCUACCAGAGCUAUGAACUCAUCAUGCGACGUGUGUUACAGCGCCAGCGGCUCCUUCGUGACGAGGCUCGCUCGGCGCAUCCACAGCCAUUGGCCUUUGGCGCCACUUUUGGAGAUAUGGAGUUCGCUGACAUGCGACAAGGAAGCUUGGUCAGUAACGGCAGCUUCCCAGAAACCAAAGAUAAGAUGGUGGGAGUGGUCUUGAGCUCGGCUGCGGUGGCAAGAUUUGAGCGACUCGUCGAUCGCAUCAACUUGUACUGUUUGAGUGAGAUCGAGUCAUGUUUGUUGGAAAAGGAGUCCUUGACAUUUUUAAACUUUAAUCUGAUUGCCCUGAAAGACUCACAAGCCGUGGAGAAACUUACCCGCAUCACAAUUCUGUUGGCCAAAGCAACCAUGUUAUUCUUGCCAGUCAGUCUGAUGACGGCCUACUUCUCCACCGAGCUACAGGGGGUCAAGGGUGGCUAUACAAAGGUGGAUUACUGGGUCAGCUUUGCAGUGAUCUUCUUCUUGACCCUGAUACUACUAACGGUCUUUGGCUUUGCCAGUGAUACCGUGGAGGGGAGGACAAUCUACAGAUCUCUUGUGAAGAGCUUCUUUCGUUCCUCACGACAGAGGAUCUCAAAGCCGCGACGAAAGCAACAGGAGGAUCAAUAA